AUGUGUUCUGCACCCCUGGGCUUGGAUGCUAGCAGAAGCGGCAACGUCCUUGAUCUAGAAAAAAUAAGCAAUCUUGUACGAUCGGUGUCCAUAGCCGACACUCAAACGAACCGCAGCGGCCACACGCUGGCCACACCAUGGGACAAUGGAAGUAACAGAGGGGGUUCUGUCAACCAAGAUUACGGCAGCCGAUCGUUUAACAACCGCGAGAGCAGGGAACAUUCCCGCCGCGAUAGUAGGGACACAAGCAGCCACCGCGAGAGAGUCGAGAGAUUGACGUUGGGCUCGCGCAAUGAACAUCUCCGUCACGAUAGCGGGACAGUCGGAGGGCAGACUGCUUCAGAAUACCAGCUGCAGGAGGCUCAUCAGUCAAUGACUAGACGACAUGACUACGACGUGCAAGCCAUGGAGGCUGACCUCAGCCCCCGACAGGGCGUCAGCAAGAACCUCAUUCCCGCACCAAUAGUCACGGUACGAAGCGAGUUUCCUUCCCUGAACCGUUCCAGACAACAGCAGCCUCUCACGUGUCUGGUUACGGUUGAAGUUCCUGGCGGUAAAUGGUCGCCAGAUCCAGAGCAAAUGCGACAGACUCCUGGCGCUGCCGUGUCUGCAGACGACGCGCAGUCGUUAGCUGUAAAGCCGCAAACCCUCCCCAGUCCUGACCCGCAAAAACAGGCUCGGUCUCUCCAUGAAUCUGAGGAAAUGCUCAGUGCAAUCGCAGAAGACCUGCGGCUGCGUGUUGAUAAUUGGCAUGGCCUGGAGUUCUCAAGAUUCGGCAAGUUGAAACUUCACGGAACUAUCCGCGUAGGAAAAGACAGAUCCUCAUGGCAGGAACUGGAGUGUUAUCUCUUCUCUGAAAUGCUCAUUUGCGUGAAGGAGAAGAAGAACGGACAUAGCCAGAGCCAGAGCCUGUUUGAGGAGCCAGUUGCGCAGCGUUCCAGCCCCAGGUAUACAUUGAAAGGGUCGAUUCUCAUCAAGAAACAUCUUAAGGAUCUAGAGACCGUGGCUGACGAGCUUGUAUUGACUCUGAAUCUCUCUGUGAACGAGCUUCCGAGCUUCCACUUGAGGUUCUCAAACCAAAGCCAGUUAGAUACAUGGAAGCGAGCACUACGAGAUCUACAGAACGGAGGUGUAACGCCCCACUCUGAGCCUGAGGUGGAAACACCUGCAGUUGAAGAAGAUGACUAUAGGAACUCAAAGACGACGAGCAAGCGAGAGUCGUCAGGAUAUUCAUCUUCUUACGGCGCUGGAAAGUCCAGCAACACCGCAAUAACUGACUACACUAGCCCCGGCCGUGAGCCCAUGCCGCUAUCGACAUUCCACGUACCACUCGAUAUCGUCGUUGUCAUCCCUGUUUCAUCGUCCAUGCAAGGUCUUAAGAUCUCCUUGCUUCGCGACACACUACUGUUCCUAGUCCAGAACCUUGGCCCACGCGAUCGCAUGGGCUUGGUUACAUUUGGAUCGUCAGGCGGGGGUGUCCCUGUUGUUGGAAUGACUUCGAAGACGUGGAAUGGAUGGGGCAAGAUAUUCAACUCCAUCCGCCCGGUGGGCCAGAAGAGCUUACGCGCCGAUGUUGUCGAGGGUGCAAAUGUGGCCAUGGAUCUUCUCAUGCAGCGCAAGUCGUAUAACCCUGUGUCAACGAUACUGCUCAUCAGCGAUUCGCAAACAACCGACCCAGAAAGCGGCGACUUCGUCGUCUCCCGCGCCGAAGCCGCAAAGGUUGGCAUCCAUACAUUUGGUCUUGGCUUGACGCAUAAGCCCGACGUUAUGAUCGAACUCUCUAGUCGAACAAAGGCGUCGUACACGUACGUCAAAGAUUGGAUGAUGUUGCGGGAGUGUAUUGCUGGAUGCCUCGGAGCGUUGCAGUCAACUUCGCAUCAAAAUGUCAAACUAAAGCUACGUCUACCCGAGGGUUCUCCUGCACGAUUUGUGAAGAUCAGCGGCGCAAUGCACACUACCAAACGCGCGACGGGAAGGGAUGCAGAGGCUGUUCUAGGUGACUUAAGGUUUGGGGAUAAACGAGAGGUCCUGGUCCAGCUCGCUAUCACCCCAGAUACCUCCGCUCCUGAACAUGUUCCCCAGGAUCCUUGGGAAAGUAUUGUUUCUGGCCUCGAGGCACUUGGUGGACCAAUUGACAGCGAUGACCAGCGGGUAGCAAGCAUAGAAGAAGUCCCGCUAAUUCAGGCUGAUGUUACGUACGGUGACAUACUGCGGGAGGGUCACUUAACGCACUCACCACGGCCCUCGCUUCUGGCCAUCACCAUGUUCCCGCAGCACCAGAAGUCGAAGAAUGUUGGACGACCCAUUAGUCCUCCAAUUCCCCCUCACCCGUCCAUUGUCCAGCGACGAAUGGAGCUACUCACUUCCGAUAUGCUGAUGAGAUCACUUACUCUUGUUACCCGCGGUCAACAUGAUCGCGCCCAUCAUCUUCUUGCCGAAACAAGAAGUAUCCUCAAGGGACUAGGAAAAGGCGGCCUGCCUCCGUUGCCACCGGGGGCUGCGCCAAUCCCAACUCCAAGGCACACUCUCACCCCUACGCUCACUCCUGCUUCUGAAGCACACUCCCCUGGCACCUGCUCGCCCCAUUUUCCCGAUUCCCUCGAUUGUCGCGGUUCGUCCCACUCAUCCGAAGCAGCGACAAUUACUCCUGUAGCAGCCGUUGAUCCCGCAAUCAUCUCUGCAUUGGAUGCCGACCUUGAAGCUGCACUCGAAUGGAUAACCCAUCCCGCCGUCUUCAGUCGUGAUUCUCGCAAGGCAGUACUCCAAGCCAUUGGUGUCAUCUCCUCGCAACGAGGAUACACCUUCCGAACUCCCUCUGAAUCACUAUGGGCGGAGCGCAUACCUGGCGUGAAGCGCUUGACUGAACGAUCCCGAGAGUGGCGCGAAGUUGGUGACGAGUCGUUGGCUGAAGAAUAA